UCCAUGUGCCCCUAAAAUAGUGUUGGCUGCUUAGUCGACGACGUGACUUCUUACACGCUCCGAGCCGCCGCCACUCUUAUUAACGACCAAUAAAUGUACUAACACGGUCCAACAGCUGCCCACGCAUCUCUCUCCUUUCGCUCACCGUGCCAUGAUGCGGGAUCAUUUUGGCUCGAACUUCUCGCAUAUCGUGUAAACUCGUGCAGUACAACCCCGCGUCACAAUGCUCUCCGACCUCAUUUCCUCCACCCUCCUCGAAUGGAUCAAUAGUUUUAGUUUGGGCACGACCAUCCGAUCAAUUGACCAGUUGAGCGAUGGCUCUAUCCUCUGGGAUACUCUUCAGGAUAUCGACCCGCAAUACUUCCUUGGAGAAUUACCAGAGCGCUCACCCUCCGACCACUGGGUCCCGCGAUGGCAGAACCUAAAACACCUGCACAAGGCAUUGAUCAGUUAUAUAAGGAACCAGAACGAUGGUGAAGUGCCUUCAGGGCUCAAUAUCUCACCUGAUCUAAAGGCCAUCGCAGAAGUCUCAUCGACAAAGGAAACGAACGAACUGCUCAAGUUAUUCCUGCUUGCAGCCAUUAGCUCGCCAAAUGCGGAAGCCUACAUAAUGACAAUGCAGAAGCUAUCCACUUCAACACAAGAAGGGCUAAAGGAUAUUAUACAAGAAGCACAAAAUCCGUCGGACGAAAGACUAGAGGAACUUGAUUAUGAGCGGAAUGACCUCUCCACAAGACGAGAUAUGCCAAUGGACCCAGAACUACGGUUUGAGGAACGCUUCGGAAAGGUACUGGCCGAAAAGGACAAACUGUUCAAUGAAAAGCAAGAGCUAGAGAAAACAGUGGAGGACUUACAUGACCGCUUAGCUCGACUUCAGGAGAACCACGAUAUGGUACUGGAUAGGCUCACAUCUACGGAAGAUCGCUUGACGACUCUGAAAUCUGGGAAGGGAGAUUUGAUACCGAACGCCAAAACACUGGAAAGCAGGACACGCCAGCAGGAGGAUCUUAUCGCGUCUCAGGAAGCCAAAAUUCAGGCUUCUCAGGACGAAAUUGAUAGUCUACGGAUGACAGUCGAGUCAUUACGAGUGAAGAAUCAGAGAUUUCAAAAGUUACAAGAUGACUACGACGAAGUGAAGAACGAACGAGACCAGCUUUCCAGGCGGGCAAAUGCGGCAGAGAAAUAUCGACAGAAACUCCAAGCUAGCCAAGAUUUCGAAAAGGAGAAUAUCGCGCUUAAAAAUAAGGUCAAAGAUCUACAGCAGCAAUUGCGAGAUAGCGAUAUUAGUCAGAAAUCUUCAUCUGAACGGGACGUGGAGCUUGAGGAGUACCGUCGCGUCCUCCCAAGAAUAGAGCAGGAUCGCCACGAGAUUCAAAAUGUGAAGAAACAGCUAGAAUUUAACAACCAUGCUCUCACCGAACGACUUCAAAGCGCGGAAGAUCAGCUUGCCAGAGACGAAGCUACUAUCAGCGAAUUACGGGACCGAAUACGGGAACUUGAGGGUCUGGAGAGCCCAACUACUCCUGGAAGUACAACUCCAAAGGCACACGGGACUUUCCAAAGGGAUCUUGACGAAGUGGGCCGACGAGAGGCGCAGCUGAAAAUUGAGAACGAAGAGCUUAAACGGGAGCUUGAGAAAUUCAACGGUGGAAUAUCUCCAUCGAGUGACACCGCGAAAGAAUCCCCCACAGUUGGGCUUGGUACUAAAUUUGCAGAGAAUGAUGCGUAUAGAAAGCUACAAGAUGAAUAUUCUGCCAUUCAGAAGAAACUUGCUGAUGCACAAGGUGACAUGGAAGCAAUAGAACGACAGCUUCAGGAGGCGAAAGCUGAAUUGGGCCUGAUCAGUAAGGAGAAACUCGACAUAGUUGAAGCGGCAAACGACUCUUCUUCCCCUGACGUGAUAAAGAUGCGGGAUGAAGUGCAUGCCGUUCAAAGCAAAAUCCAGGACCUCGAAACUAAGCUUGCUACCAGCCAGUCAUUUGUUCAGGAGGUAUCUACAGAGCGUGAUUCUCUCCGGGACAGGUUAACCAAGAAGGUGCAAGAAAUGCAAGGCGAAGACCAGGCUACCAUGGAUGAGAUGAAGAAACUUCUUGAUGAAGUUGCCGCUAGAUUCAACAGCAACAAUACGGACGGGCCCCAGCUCUCAGGAACCGAUUUACUCAGACAGUUCUCGGAUACCAUGGAGCGGAGCGCCGAAAAUCUGGCAAAGAGAGCAGAGCACAUCAACCAGCAAAACGAACUUAUCAAGUCUCUACAGGAGCGGAUUCAACACUCUGAGAAGCAGGAAUCGCAUAAAGAAGCUGAGAAAAACCUCAUGCAAGUCAUCCAACGCCAAGCCCGAGAGAUCGCGCUCAUAUCAUCCGCGUGGUAUGACCAGCAGUCCCGCCUGCAGAACGGCAACGUUUCCAUGCUGCGAUACCGACAUCCAGCUAGCACCAGCACGACUGGCGUGGAAGUCCAUCGAAGCUGGCUUGCGAAGCAACGAGCUCUUGUUUCGAGAAGCAAAUAAUGAUGAAACACUGAUUAUAUAUAUUCUAAAAUAUAUACGAUCGCGAUAGAAGUACACAGGUGAGGCGGGGGUGAGUGAAUUUGGAUACAUGCUUGUUGUUGGAGCGACGACUUGCAUGGAAUGAUGAAGGAUUAACAAACACCGAGCGGGACCAAGGCUUACAAUAAGGUGUUUUUGUUUGCUUUUCUAAGUUAUUUUGGAGACAAGGCUGCCAUUUCCUAUUACUCUCUAAAUCUUUCUCUUCUUGGUUUUUGAUAUAUUAGACGUUCUUGUAAUGCGUUCCCGUUCUCUCAACCCUACAUUUUCUUUCUGUUUUCCUUUCCCCCCUUUCUUUCAUUUUCUUUCUUUCUUUCUUUCUUUCUUUCUUUUUUCUUUUUUUUUUUUUUUUUUUUUUUUUU